UGUGCGCAAAUAUACAAACAAAUGCUAUUUCUAAUUAUUUCAAAAUGUUGUGUAUAAGCUCCACUGACAUUGUGUGGCGAUGUGUGUGUUCACCGGUGUGAUGAAAAAUGUAGAGAUCACACCCGAGAGAGAGAGAGAGAGAGAGAGAGAGAGAGAGAGAGAGAGAGAGAGAGAGAGAGAGAGGGAGAGCGCAUCUUCAAAACCCCAACAUUGCUUGUGUGUCGUGAACAUUUUGGAGGCUCUGGAAAAAGGAAAGAAGAACAACAAGGAAGAAAAAGGAGAAAAAAAAGUCGGACUGUGAACUGACGGGAGGAUGCUGAGGGAGGGGGCUUCAAGCGUUUGAAAUGUCUGAUUUUUGGGCCAGUGUGCCGGCGUUUUUUCCAAAUCCGUGCACCGUGAGAUUUAGUCGAAUAACGGGAGACCUCCUGCACAGCUGCUGCCGGUAUGUGAACGACUUCACACACUGAAGGUAAUAAAAAAAAAAAAAAAACCGGCUCGGUGUUUGCUCUUGAAUUUGCUUCUGUUUCCUCUCUCUCUUUUCUUGCAUCAAUUUGAUGGUGCGUGAGGCUGCUGGGCGAUGAUGCAUCGGUGGGGUCUGACUGUGUGAAUUCGCAUCAUAUCAAGUCUAUUUACCUAGCUCGGACUGCUCGCGUCGGCAAUGUAAGAUCGAGCAAUUAAGCCAGUUUUUUUUGUUUUGCUGACCCACCUUGCGACAAAAGAACAACAAAAAAAAUAUGCCUUAUUUCGACGCGAGGUGCGAGGAUGCCUGUAGCUGUGGUUGUGUCAUUGCUGCGGCACACUCCGGAGCUCCUAGGCUCAAGACAGACUCAACUAACCUCAGCUGAAGAGAAGACAGCAAGCUAUCAAGUGCUUUACCAUCCAACAUAAGCCAUAGGAGCCCGUGCACGUAUGUGGGAAAAGGCCGAGCUGCUGACACUCUCGAGGGAGGCUUCUGUUGCACGGAGGUUUUUAGGGGGCUUCCCAUGAACUGCCACAUCCCCAAAUCCGUCUGAGGACUGCUGUGAGCUUACAAUCUGCCUGAUGGUUUUUGGAAGGCAGCCCUGAUGCAUUUUGCAAGUGUGAAAACGCAAAGAGCCCUUUUGCCAGGUUUGCAUCACCAGACAGGAGCAGACGGUAACUCUGUGUGUGUCAUGUCAGAGGCUGGACUCUUGCCUGCUCCCUCCAACUCUCCGCCAAAAUCUCUGCCUUGCCUUGUCUGAGCCCUUUUAUAUGAGCAUCACUGCUUCGCCACAACUGCACAACAAGAAGCACCAACAGACUAUACCCCCCCCACACACACACACACACACACACACACACACACACACACACACACGCACACACUCCCCUCUAUCAAAAUAAGAGCCCACAGAAACCAGGGUCAGGAUGCAGGUGUCUUUCGCCUGCACUGAGCACAACCUCAAGAGUCGCAGUGAGGACCGGCUUUGUGGCCUUCGCACCGCUCCACCUCCUGGAGGAAGCAGCGGAGGAGUAGGAGGAGGAGGGGGUGGUGGUAGUGGAGGAGGCGGUGGAGGUGGAGGAGGUAGUGGACAAGGGAGUAAUGGCAACUACAUGUCUCAAGGCUCGGUCAAGACCAGGGAGGGUCCCGGGUCCCGCCAAGCUCCGCAUGGCCAUGCCCACAUGAAGGAGGCCAUCGGGCGCCACACCAGCAUGAAGUACAGGAACCUGGGGAAGUCAGGCCUACGUGUUUCUUGCCUCGGGUUAGGCACUUGGGUGACGUUCGGCUCACAGAUCUCUGAUGAGAUGGCUGAAAACCUGAUGACCAUAGCUUAUGAGAACGGAGUGAACCUGUUUGACACGGCAGAGGUGUACGCCUCUGGAAGAGCGGAAAUCACUCUCGGGAUCAUUAUCAAGAAGAAAGGAUGGAGGCGUUCAAGUUUUGUCAUCACAACAAAGAUCUAUUGGGGAGGCCAAGCAGAGACAGAGAGAGGGCUCUCCAGGAAGCACAUUAUUGAAGGUUUAAGAGGAUCCUUAUCAAGACUCCAGCUAGAUUACGUGGACAUCGUUUUUGCUAACAGAAACGACGUCAACAGUCCGAUGGAAGAGAUUGUACGGGCCAUGACGUUCGUAAUAAACCAGGGUAUGGCCAUGUACUGGGGAACCUCACGCUGGAGUGCAAUGGAAAUCAUGGAGGCAUACUCAGUGGCACGCCAGUUCAAUCUGAUACCGCCUGUGUGUGAGCAGGCUGAGUAUCACUAUUUCCAGAGGGAUAAAGUGGAGGUGCAGCUUCCUGAGCUCUACCACAAGAUCGGUGUUGGAGCAAUGACCUGGUCUCCACUUGCUUGUGGGCUAAUCACAGGGAAGUACAGUGAUGGUGUGCCAGAGUGCUCCAGAGCAGCAAUGAAGGGAUACCAGUGGCUGAAGGAGCGAGUGAACAGCGAGGAGGGGCGCAGGCAGCUCGCUAAAAUCAAAGAGCUCCAUCUACUGGCGGACAGACUGGGCUGCACUGCUGCACAGUUAGCCAUAGCCUGGUGUCUGCGCAGUGAGGGAGUCAGCUCAGUACUUCUGGGUGUUUCUAAUACAGACCAGCUACUUGAGAACCUGGGUGCCCUACGGAUUUUAUCCCAAAUGACCCCUCAAACCAUUGCGGAGAUUGAUGCCCUGCUGGGAAAUAAGCCACACUCGAAGAAAGAGUUGCGUGCUUGAAGAUGCAAAACUGAGUGACAGAUGAUGUUUUCGAGAAGAUGAAGAAGAUAAUGACAUUGGGAAACAUCGCUUUUUGCUCUGCUGUAUACUCAACAACUUGCAUGUCUUCAGCAACAUUAUGCUUCCAGUAUGUGCGCAUAUCCAUUUUGCGCAGUACAUUAUCAUGUAUGAAAAAAAGAAGAUCUCUUAAUUGUGAAAAAAAAAGAAACAGGUCAAAUAUUGUUCACUGCCGAUUGUUCACAGACUAAUUACUUCUACAGAGGGGGAGGAUGGAGGGAGCGACACGUCUCUGCCAUCCGAGACCAAGAGAGGUCGAAAAAUAUUCAACUGUUGUCAAAGCAGAUUUGACUCUUGUUAAUCAAAUGUUCUAAAAUAGGAAAAAAAAAAACACCUCUGUGCUAAAAUGCAACUUUAAAGCGUGAAUGGUGCUUUCAUUGGACAUGUGAGUCUCCUCCCCUUGCAGCUGCCUGUUAUUCUGUAUGGUGUUUAGUACCCAGCAUUCAGAGAGCCAAAGGUUAGCACUCAUGUGACUAGCCUAACAUUUCCCAUAGUGUGCAUGUGACUGGUCUGCCACGCUCACUGCUUUACAGGGUUGGGAACAAUGGAUUACUUGGAAAGUUGCUACAGUGAAGAGAAAAAAGCUAAUCCAAUCUGAUAUCACUUUAAAAGAAGGGGGGGGGGGAAGAGAAAAAAAUAACAGAUCACUUGCUUGUAAAGAAAUAGGCGAAGUGAGUUAUUACUUUGAUUUUUACACAUACUGAAAUUAUUCAUUUUUUGGCAAAAAUGACUUGAUCUAAACUAACAUGAACGGAUCAUACUGCAACAGUAACUGAUACACGGGCUUUUGAAUUAGAGUGCAUGAUGUUGGUUAUUACAAUCUAAAAUUGUCAGUCAGGAAUCCGUAGUGGGUGAGAGUUUGAAAGUAACUUUCCCAACCCUGCUGCUUUCUCAGCAGUCUUUUCCCCUCCUCUGUUUGUAAACUGUGCGCAUGUCCCUUUAAGAGAGAAUAGCCCUAACACAGGGUGUAAAUGUGGCAUGGCUUUUAUGGCUUAUGUAGAAUUGCAGUGCCCUUAAGCCACUUUUUUUACUCUGAAUGGUCUGGCAGUUCGAUCCAGGAUCAGUGUUUCCGGGCACUCUUGCUUUAAAGACUCUCCGCAGUCUGCAAACACGGCUGUGUGUCCAUCUGACGUGUAAUAUUUGUAUUGUCCUAAACUGUAAAAAAAAAAAGAUGUUGGCAUCACUUUCAACGAUGCCAUUCUUGUGAAGAGCAUCUUUGUUUCUAAAUCAGAGGUUUAAGCAGUUGGAAUAUGUGGAAAGGUCACUGAGCAUCUGACACAAAGAUUUGGACACACUGUGGUGAACUAGUAGUCUUCAAAUGAUAGCAAUCUGAGUUUAUCAUAUGAGAUAUGACUCUUGCCACAGGUCACUUGGGGUAAGAUUUAGCAAAUGUAACUUCUUUUUUGUUCUUCUGGAAGCCUAAAAAUAUAGUUAAUUUCUCUGGGAGUGCUCUCUCUCUCUGUAUCGUUUCUUCCCUUGAUUCUUGCACACAUGCACAACUCAUUUUAUAAUGUGCAUUUCAUGUCUUUUCCCUUUAGUUUUGUAUUGAUUCCAAUACUUUGUAAUGUGAAGGGGGGGGGGGAUUUGUUCCUUUUGUGAUCUCCCUAUGAAAGCAGCACCAAUCUCCAGAGCGGGGUGUGUGUGUUUUGAUACAUGAAGUUGUUUCAGUUGGUACGGGGUUACAUUGUACUGUAAAUAGGCUUACCUGUUUGGCCGUGAGAUGGCGAGAUAAAGGUUAAAUAUAUGAAUCUGAAGGAGCAGCCGAAUCGUUGCUCCCCUCUGUGACUCUGUGGUGAUGUACAGUUCGACCGAGUGUAGCUUCCAGUGUACAUAGAUACUUCAAUCAAACCUUGAAAAUGUAACUUUGCCUGCAUAACUUAUAUUUUACUGUCUUGCAACAAAGAGAAACCAAAAGAGAGAAGAGACAACAACCCAUACUGAAUGUAUUAUGUCUGUUGCUUUAAAGCACACAACGUGUUUUAAAGGGGUAUAGUUUCUUUUUGCGUUUGCGCCCGUUAUAUAACAACCUGCAGUGCUGUUGGGAUUCGGACAAAAGGAGCUUCAUGCACACACACCAUUGUCAAAAUGCGCAUACACAGUCAGGUAAGAUUUUGUAUUUACUAUUCAUAACAUGAACAAAUAGGCUAAUCAUCGUUAUGUUAAAGUAAGCUUCCAUGUUAACAUUUGGAAUAAACAGUUUAUUUGUG